AAUUUCAGCCGCCCCCUCCACUCCACGUUGCCUGGUCUUUGUACUUCUCUUUCCCCCUCUCUCCCUGGGCGAUUUCCUCUGCAUAUUGUACUGCAAAAUUUUUACCAAAGUCCUCGUACAUAAAUGUGAACCACCCCUCGGCCUCCGUCGCCAACCCCCUCUGAACCAUGUCUCCCUCUCGCCUCCUCUCCGUCUCCGUCCUCCUGUCCCUCAUCGCCGCCGCCGCCGCCCAUGGCGGGGGCGACGACGAGGACUCCUCCGCCGACGACCAGCACGUUGACCUGCGGUCCAAGUCCCUGAUCCUCGCCAAGAUCUGGUGCCUCAUCCUGGUCUUCGUCGGCACGUUCGUCGGCGGCGUGUCCCCGUACUUCCUGAAGUGGAACGAGGCGUUCCUGGUCCUGGGGACGCAGUUCGCCGGUGGGGUGUUCCUCGGGACGGCGCUGAUGCACUUCCUCAGCGACGCCAACGAGACGUUCGGCGACCUGACGGAGAGGUACCCCUUCGCGUUCAUGCUCGCGUGCGCCGGAUACUUGCUCACCAUGCUCGCAGACUGUUCUCUCGCCUACGUCUACGGCAAGAAGGAGGGGCAGAGCAGUCGCUCCUAUGGCGAUUUGGAGCUCCAAGGGAGCACUGUUCAGGGAAAGGGCAGCAGCGAAAACGGAGCGACCCAUCAUCACCCCCCCAGCGUCGCCGUGGGAUCGCUCAGCGACAACAUCCUGUUGAUCGUAGCCCUCUGUUUCCACUCGGUCUUCGAAGGCAUCGCCAUUGGAGUCGCAGAAACAAAGGCAGAUGCGUGGAAAGCCCUGUGGACCAUUUCCCUCCACAAAAUAUUUGCAGCAAUCGCAAUGGGCAUCGCCCUCCUGAGGAUGAUGCCCAACAGGCCGCUCUUAUCCUGUGUUUCAUACGCAUUUGCUUUCGCGAUUUCAAGCCCCAUUGGCGUGGCCAUAGGGAUCAUAAUAGACGCCACCACGCAGGGUGCGGUCGCGGAUUGGAUCUUCGCCAUCUCGAUGGGUUUGGCUUGCGGCGUGUUCGUCUAUGUUUCCAUAAACCACUUGCUUUCCAAAGGGUACAUUCCGCAGAGGGCGGUCUCCGUGGACACGCCCAUUCAUAAGUUCUUGGCUGUGACGCUUGGGGUCGGGGUGAUUGCCAUCGUGAUGAUCUGGGAUACCUAAGAACACUCUGCCCCCAUGCCGCCCUGUUCUUAUCGGGGAGAAAAAGAAAAGCAAAUACUACGGUUAGGGUUAUAGAUACUCAGUGUGGUGUAGACAGGAGGGAAAUGGUUGGAAAUAUAGCUGCUGUUUUGGAGAAAAUUAAGCUGUUGAGGUUUGUCAGUGUGUUGAUAAAAUUUUAAUACAAGCAUACUUGAACACUUGAUUAUCAGAAAUUCCCAAGGCAUAUUGCAAUGCAUAUUUUGUUCCGUAA